AUGGUACGAGUGCGAGCCGCUCAGCGGAGGGGAUUUUUUGUGCAUCACCUGACUGUGCGUAUGCAUGUGUGCACGUUGGCGCGCUGGCGGGUAAGGCCGUGGGGUGGCGCAGCGGUGUUUUAUUUACUCCAUCGGGGAGGACAUCGACCUUCUUUGGCUGUCCGCGCCUGUUCGACGCGGUCUGAGUGGCCGGCAUGGAUGAGGGCUCGUCGGCGAUCACGGGGAGGUUUGCCGCCCGUCCGAUUUUUUUUUUUUGGGUUGUGGGAGAUCUCCGUAUCAUUUUUGUUCAUUGCCGCUUUCCUGGGCAGCUUUUUUUUUUUUUUUUUUGGAUGCUGGCGGACGUUGCGGCCUCACUGGUUGUGUUGUGUGGUGGCGUGA